GUCACGUGGCAGGGACGCCUGUCCCGGCCCGGUUUCCUCGGUGACCGCGCCAAGCUUGCGUUGUGCUGGGCCUCAGCAGACAUGGGGACUCCUCCGGGCCUACAGGCCGACUGUGAGACGCUGCUCAGCCGCUUCCAGGAGACCGACAGCGUGCGCUUUGAAGAUUUCACCGAACUCUGGAGGAACAUGAAGUUCGGGAGCAUCUUCUGUGGUAAAAUGAGAAAUUUAGAAAAGAACUCCUUUACAAAAGAAGCAUUAGCUUUGGCUUGGCGAUAUUUUUUGCCUCCAUAUACCUUCCAGAUAAGAGUUGGUGCUUUGUACCUGCUAUAUGGAUUAUAUAAUACCCAGUUAUGUCAGCCGAAACAAAAGAUUAGAGUUGCCCUGAAAGAUUGGGAUGAAGUUUUAAAAUUUCAGCAAGAUUUGAUAAAUGCCCAACAUUUUGAUGCAGCUUAUAUUUUUAGGAAGUUACGACUAGAUAAAGCAUUUCACUAUACAGCGAUGCCUAAAUUGUUGUCAUACAGAAUGAAGAAAAAAGCUCAACGAGCAGAAGUUACAGAAGAAUUUAAGGAUCCAAAUGAUCGUGUGAUGAAACUUAUCACUUCUGAUGUAUUAGAGGAAAUGCUGAAUGUUCAUGACCAUUAUCAGAAUAUGAAGCAUAUCAUUUCAGCUGAUAGAUCCAAUCCAGAUAAAGCCCUCAGCUUGAUAAAGGAUGAUUUUUUUGACAAUAUCAAAAACAUAGUUUUGGAGCAUCAGCAGUGGCAAGCAGACAGAAAGAAUCCACCCUUAAAAUUAAAAGUUAAAGAUGGAGAAGAAAAGAGGGAAGGAAGUUCACGUGAGUCAGAGAAAUGCGAAAGGGCAGAAACAUUAGCAAAAAUAAAAUCAAAAGCUUUUUCAGUUGUUGUUCAGGCAUCCAAGUCCAGAAGACAUAGGCAAGUUAAACUUGACUCUUCUGACUCUGAUUCUGCAUCUGGCCAAGGACAAAAAGCAACUAGGAAAAAAAGAAACAAAGAAACAUUGCCAUCAGCAAAAAGGAAAAUAUCUUCCCGAGGUGACUUGCGGAAUAUACAUAAGGAAGAUAAGUCUUUAAGUCUGAGUAUGCCUAUCAUUACAGAAGAGGAAGAGAAUGAAAGUUUUAGUGAAACAGAGUUCACUGCACCCAAGAGGAAAAGAAAACGCAGAACAUAGAGCUUCUUGCGGUUCUUACAUUUUGAGCUCUCUGACAGAACAAAAGAUUUCUAUUUUGCAUACUGAACCAGAAAACCACCAGUAUUAACAGUAAUUCUUCUGGAAGUCUAUAAGCUUUUUCUUUUUUAAAUGUCUUAAUAUCUUAGUAUGGUAACAAUGAUGGAUCUCAUUCCCCUGACCCUGAAAGAGCCUCCAGUGUGGCACCAUUGGAAAGGAUGUGUAAAGAGAAGCUUCUAAAAUCUCAGGGCUAGGACGAAUGGAGAUGUUACUGAGACCGCUCAAAAAAUUUGACGAUCAAUGGGAUGAUGAUGAUGAUCUAAGUAUGGUACUAUAAUAAAAGGACAAAAAUGAGAGUAAGAACUUACCCCAAAUUUUAAUUAUAUCUUUUUUUGUUGAAAUCUGCAUGGAGAUAAAAUUUGAACUUAGGACACAAUGGAAACAACCCUAUUAUUUCUAUAAUAUUACUAUUUCCUACAAAUUUUUGAGCUACUAUGUUAGUACAGCUAACUAACAUGCAAUAGUAAUAACUAUUCUAUUUUAAAUCUUUUUUUUUCCCCAUUUUUGGGCUAUCCCCUGGCAGUGCUCAGGAACUGCUCCCGCUCUGUGAUUGGGGUCAUACAGUAUCAGAGAUAAGACCUGGACCUCCUACAUGCAAUACAUGCCUUUAGCCUGUUGAACUCUCAGGCCUCUUUUGGGUUACUUAUUUUCUGGCUUUAAAGAUACUAGCCAAGUGCUUCAGAGGGGACCAUGUGGCAUCAGAGAUAAAAUCUAGGCCUUCAGUGUCCCAGCUCUCUGAGUUAUCUCUCCAGCCAUUUCUUUCUUUAAAAAAAUAUUUAUUUUUCCUUCCUGGGUCACACCCGGUAGUUCUCAGGGGUUGCUCCUGGCUCUGCACUCAGGAACCACCCCUGGUGGUGCUCGGGGGACCAUAUGGGAUCCUGGGAACCCAGGUUGGCCACGUACAAAGCAAAUGCCCUACCCGUUGUACUAUAGUUCCAACACCCAAUUUUUUUUUUUUUUUUGCAGUCUGGUUUUCAAAACUGUUAAUAAUGGAGUUUCAGGCAUUCAGUGUUUAGACUCUCAACCACCGCAGUGUCAGCAUCCCUCCAUCAAUGACCCACGGUUCACUGCCUCAUCCCAUAGACAUUUCUUGAAUUACUAAUGUUUAUUAUAUGUAAAAUAUGUAAAAUAAAUAAAAUUAUUGGAUGUAUAAAGGAAGUAUCAUUGUGUACACCCAAUGUCAUCGUGUACUACCUUCAUAGAAAGGCCAUUUUAGACAAUUAUUUUGAAUUGAUCCUUGUUACCUUUAUUUCAGAAAGUGGUAAAAUAGCUGGGGAAGAUAGGCCUUUUGAGGAGCUUACUGAUGCCAGAACUGAAUCGUUUGAACUAUUGACCUAGUUUUGAAAAAUAAUUUUAAAAAUAGUUAAAUCAAACCCAUCAAGAAGACUUCAAACACCUACAGUUGGGUCUUAACAAGACUAACUUAGGGGCCUGAGACAUAGUUCAUCAGGCUGGAGCAUGGACUGUGCGUGAGGGAGACCUGGGUUUGAUAUCUGCCUCUGCAUGGCCUCCUGAGCACUGCUAGAUGCAACCUCAAACACCUCCAGGUGUGGCCCCCAAACAAACAAAAAACAUCCACCUUACUAUGAAACGUUAGAAGACAUUUAGUACUAAUGCCAAAGAAUUAAAAAAACUAACAUCCAUCCCUAAAUGAGGCCAGUCUUGGAACCAACUCCAUUCAAAGCUCUCUACUAGACCCUGGGAGGAAGCCCCUUUUCAUGGAAUUUAUAUUCUAGAAGUGUGAGAUAAUGAGAACUGAAAUCCAUGAGUAGAAAGAAGGACUGUGAAGAAAGUAAAAUGGGUGCUAGUCACAGUAUUGCAGGAGAGCCUUGUUACAUUCUGAUGUUAAGGUCUUAAGUGGUCUCUCUAGGAGUACCAGAAAGGCUGGCAGCCCUCUAGAAAGGGGCUUGCUACUUUUUCUCUAUGAAUUAAUGUUGAGCUCCACGCAAGAAAGGGGGAUUUGCCCCAGGCCGGUGUAAAGGAGUGUAUAUGGCUGUUCAUUCAGUUAAAGAUCGGUCUCCCAGAAUAAACUAUUUAUGGCUCCAGAGCCCUCUUUAGAAAAUUUUGGGUCAGUGAUUCUAUGCUAUCCCAUUAUCCCCUAUCUAGGAGAGUGAUAAAUAAUUAGAGAUACUGAGAGGUUAAAGGAAAUAACAACAUUUGGGAACCCCCAUCUACCUUAAGUAGUGCCCCUUUUGCAGGUCAGCUACCUUUCUUGAGAGCAGGAUGGCCAAGAGGAGGAAGAAUGUUUCUCGGAUUUCAGUAGUGAGGAGGAAGCACCAAGACCGCCACAACUGGACUAGUACUAUUGAAUUCGCCAGCGUGCCCAUCCGGGGACACUGUUCCUUCCCUCCUUUCCCAGGGUUUGGCCCACAGUAGUAGGCAGUCCCAGUUCUGUUUGGCUGGCAGGGCUGAGAGGGGAAUCUGGGGGCUCGGGGAGGGAAGAAGGAAAGCCUGGGUCCUACUGGUUAUGUUUAGCCGACUGGGACCCAAUAAAGGCGACUUAAAGGUGGCAUAAAUGACCGAAAGGCACAUAAAUGUGCUCUGGGGGAGGGGUGCACAGUCUGCAAUAACGGCUUGCAUACCCUCGGGGCACCUGCGCCCUACUGGCCUGAAUUGCAGCAUCUCCGAGCCUCUGCAUGUGACAUCUUGGCUACUACUCUGGGCCCUAUGUCUCCUCACGUGGCGACCAAUGUGGCUGCUGGUGCAGGGAGUUCAGCCCCCCGAGUGGGUCCUGCACCCAGUGCAGCUGCCCCCCUCUUACUCCAGGGUCUCCCAAGCUCUGGCCUUCACAUUCCCCUGAUCUUCCACCUGAAUCGCCCCAUGCCCUAAAACCCUGGGCCAAGGCAGGGGAUUUCCAUCACCUGCAUACCUGGACUGAUGCCCGGUUGUUGAUCCCACCUCAGAAGCUGCCUAAGACUUUGGUUCCCACCCUCUAUGAGUAUUCAGGUAGAGUUGCCCUCUGGGUCCCAUCGAUUUGCCAUUCCACACCAGGGUUUGAAUGACAAGCCAGCAACAUAUCAGAGGCUCCCAGGUGACCCAAUGAUAUGUUGGACUCAGGAUGAGAGUCCGCCUCUAGCUUUGCCUCCUAGAAGGACAAGUACAAUUCCAACUAGGUCUAGAUCAACCUGAAGAUCAGAUAUUUGAAAUGCCUGCUCCACCUCUAAGUGGACAGAUUUCAAAAUUUAAUAAAAGUUCAUUAUUUCACCUGAAAACCGGAUGAAGGGUGUAUUUGGCUGUCAAUAUACCACUAAAGUUGUUGGAACUCCCAGAAAAUAUGAGUCCUCAUUGUCUACCACAACAUAUGCAGGAUAAUUACUUAGAUUCCAGUAUGCAUAUCUUUUAUCCCGAGGGGAGUGAACCUUUGGAUAUACUGGGAGGUUCAGAGCAACAUCCACAGAUCCCUCAUGAGAUUGAAUCCUUUUCACCCCAGUUUCAUCAUCCAGAACCCUUUGAAAAGAUAGAACAGCUUCCCUUUAAGGCCCUGGAAGCUGAAAUUUCAGCAAGUACACGACAGACCCCAGCUGCACUUCAGGAUCUCUGAGGAAUCGAAAGCUUCUUUAGUUCAGGACUCAGAUUUGUUGUCAAGUACCCCUCAAGAGGGUGAUACUGCUUCAGUCCUGCCAGAAACCCUAGUUCAUCCUACACUGGUUGCUGAUGAAAAGGGAUCUUCAGUGCCUCAGGAGGUGGAAGCUCAGCCUUCAGAGUCAGGUCUGGAACUUGUAGCGCAGUCUUUACUGCAUCAUCAGGAAAAUGAACUGUCUCCAGUCCAGAAAGAAGCCCAUCUUUCAUAUAUAUCUACUGUCACCAUCAAACCUGCCUAUGUGCAGAUUACUAGAACCCAAAGGGUCACCAAUGAGGGUGAAACUUCAACCCAGCCAGAAACCCUAAAUCUAACUCACACUGCAGAGAGCCUUGAAAAGAAUGAACAACCUCUAACCCAAGCAGAAGCCCAGUGUCAGCUUCUAGAGAGCCCUGAGGGUGACUCUGCCAUAUAGCAGGGGGCAGUGGUUCAAGCUCAGAGAUCCCUGAGGUGACUGAAUCUUCAGUCCACAGGAAUCUCUAGCUCAUCCUCCUGAAUCCUCUACAGAGUUGGAAGCUCAACCAUUUCUGUAUCCUGAGGAAAAUGUUCCAUCUCCAAGUCAGAAUGAAGAUCCAUACUUAAACUUGCUCCGUGUCACUGCUAAACCUUUGAGUGUGACAUUUUUCAUAUUUUCAGAAGUCAGUCAUGAGGUUGAACACUCUCCAGUGCCACAGGAGGCCCUGGAUCAGCUUUCUGAGUCAUCUGAGGAAUCAGUCCCUCAACCACUUCUGCAUCCUGAAGAAAAUAUUUCAUCUCCAAGUCAUAAUGAAGCUCCAAGCUUAAAUUUGCCUCAUGUCACUGGUAAACUUAUGGGUGUGACAUUAACCAUAUCUACAGAGGUCAGUUCAGAUGAGCUUCACACAUGAAGGGACCGGCAGAGGAAGCCAGGUAUGCGGGACCCGGGGCUGAGAUCUCCAAACCUGCUUGGUUUGGGACUGGGCUUUCUCCACCCAGACCCCCCAUUUCCCAGUAGCUUGGCAGCCACACCCACAAUCUGCCCCCGGCACCAUGUAAUCCCACCAAUGGCCAACAUCCAGAGACUAUAAGACCAAGUUCCCGGAAGAGAGCGACGCAGAGUCUCUUGCCUGCCCGUGUCUGGCUGUCUUCACCGGGGCCCCCCAGAGGGGACGAGUUGUCUUUCCCUCCCCACCCCAAACAGAGCCUUGACAGUUGAAGACCUCAAAAACCUAGCCACAGCCAUGCUCAAGGCCACUCUCCACAUGUUCCGACGAGCCUCCUGCCAGAAGGGACUGGCAGAGGAAGCCAGGUAUGCGGGACCCAGGGCUGAGAUCUCCAAACUUGCUCAGAUUGGGACUGGGCCUUCUCCACCCAGACCCCUAUUUUCCAGUACCUUGGCACCUACAUCCAAAAACUGCCCCAAACAACAUGUAAUCCCACCGAACAGCCAACAUCCAGAAACCAUAAGACUAAGCUCCCGGAAGCACAUGGCCUCUUUGUGGCCGUGUGUCAUCUAAGAGCCUUGUUCUCCCUCUUGGAGAACCUGACAAGCUACCAUGAGUAUCCCGCCUGCUCAGCAGAGCCUGGCAAGCUACCCGUGGGUAUUUGAUAUGCCAAAAACAGUAAUGAUAGGUCUCAUUCCCUUGACCCUGAAAGAGCCUCCAAUUUUUGGGAAAGACGAGUAAGGAGAGGCUGCUGAAAUCUCAGGGCUGAGUGUAGUAAAGACAUUACUGGUGCCCGCUCGAGUAAAUCGACGAACAAUGGGAUGACAGUGAUACAGUGAUAUGUAAAUGAUUGUUUUUGUAUUUAUGGUCUAGUAAUGAAUUUGUUUAUGUGUACUAUUUAGUGUGUGAUUGAGCGCAAUAAAGUCUUUGCCUUAUUUCGCUAUAUUUUUUAAUAUGUGAAACAUAUAAGUAACUUGUGAUUUGUUGAUUUUAUAAAAUUCACUUUCUAGCACAACAGGGAAGGUG